AUGAGCGCGCCAUUGACCGCCGCUAACAAGGGGAUUUCCACGGCUGGCAAAGUCUUUUUCGGUUCGUUGUGUGCGGGUACGUUCGGUCUUGGAGUAUGGCAGACGCAGCGGUACUUUAUCAAGCAAACACUCGUGGCUCAGCGGCAAGCGGAAUUGGCGCAGGAGCCUGUGACCGAUCUCGAGGUCUUGUCGUCCUACGCUCAACCCGGGAACGGGACGGAGACCAGUUUUCGUAAAGUCCGUUUGCGAGGAACCUUCCGUCACGAUCAAGAAAUCCUCGUGGGACCUCGAGGACCUCCACCCGGGGCCUUGCCCGAUAAAGCCGGAUCGUCCGCACAAGGCAUGAGCUCCUCUCCGCAAGGGUACUUUGUCUUGACACCUCUCGUCUUGACCAAAUCCGCAAACCAAGCAGCGGCCGACGCAGCGGAAGACACUACCGUGUGGGUCAAUCGGGGUUGGAUCCCCCGGCACUUGGGCACGUCGGAACAAGCUCGCGGUGGUCGUCCCCGUCCCCAAGACGGUGGGGGACGCUAUGGUGUUUCGGCGGCACUCACGUUGGAAACCGACGCCUCGCGACGACACGGCAAUCCGCAAUACCUACAGUGGGAUCGACCUGUAGGCGAUCCCGAUGUGACCGUCACCGUUGUGGCGACUAAAACCGAAGAGCCCAGAUUUCUUGUAGCCGAGCACGAGCUAAAGACCCGACCGCCCAAACUGUUCUGGUUCGAUGCGGAAACCUUGCGAGCCUUGGUACCCGCGACGGGACAGACCGAAUCGACGCCAAUACCGAAUGCUGCGACGAACACGACGACUUCUUCCACACGACUACUACCCACUCUUGUCACGCAGGUACGGGAAGGGGACGACGUUGCCGGCGACCGCGCGAACAAAUGGCCCGUGACGGCGACGGCGGACAAAAUUGGAGAUUUCAAAGUCAGUCCAGCCGUACAUGCCGGAUACGCCUUUACUUGGUACGGAUUGUCGUUGGCCGGCCUGUACAUGACCAAGGUACUGCUCACCAAGAAACCAUAA